CGUUUACCCAGCAUGCAGCUCUUCUUUGAGAAGCUGAGGCAAGAUGGCGACUAAAAUAAGCAAAGACAGUCCCCCUCCAUUUGAUUGUCCAUCGUGGGCAGGCAAACCGCCCCCGGGGCUCCAUCUGGACGUGAUGAAGGGAGACAAACUGAUAGAGAAACUGAUCAUAGAUGAAAAGAAGUUCUACCUGUUUGGGAGGAACCCUGACUGGUGUGACUUCACCAUCGACCAUCAAUCAUGUUCUCGUGUUCAUGCUGCCCUAGUCUAUCACAAACACCUCAAAAGGGUCUUCCUCAUAGACCUCAACAGCACACAUGGUACUUUCCUCGGACACAUCCGGCUUGAGGCCCACAAGCCUCAGCAGGUUCCCAUAGACUCUACAAUAUCUUUUGGGGCCUCGACACGGACCUACACCAUCAGAGAAAAACCCCAAACCCAAGGCAGUGCUGGCACAGGAGACAGUAAGACAGGAGAUGAUGAGGAGCUUAAAGGACUGCUCGGGCUUCCAGAAGAAGAGACAGAGCUGGAGAACCUGACAGAGUUCAACACUGCUCACAACAAGCGCAUCUCCCUCCUGACCAUAGAGGAAGGCAACCUGGAAAUCCAGAGACCCAAGAGGAAACGGAAAAAUUCCAGAGUUACCUUCAGUGAAGAGGAUGCCAUUAUUAAUCCAGAGGAUAUAGACCCCUCGGUCGGGCGCUUCAGAAAUAUGGUGCAGACUGCUGUCAUCCCCAUCAAGAAACGAAGAUUAGAGGGCCAAAACACUCUGGGCCUUGAUGACCUCACUUCAAAACGCAUGCAUGGCUACAGCUUGGCAGGUGGUCUCUAUGGGGACUUGCCUCCCACCAGUCAUGAGAACCAGCCAACAGGAGCUCCAGGAGGUGCUGCCAUGCAGGGAGGACUUCCUCUGCCAUUCCCUAACCCAGCACCAGAGGUGGACCUGGCCCCAGAGGCUCCGCAGCCGCCUGUCACCCUCAACCCCACACCUGUAACAGCCCCUUACCUACCAGAGACCCACAACGAGCCACGGAAAAAGAAGUACGCCAAAGAAACUUGGCCGGGCAAGAAACCCACCCCUUCACUACUCAUCUAACCAGUUCCUCAAAGCUGCUGACUCUCAGGUUACCAGAAGAAACAUCAUGUGAAAGUGGUGCUUCAGGCUUCUAAAAAUUCUAAAAAUGCAGCUAAUAAGCCAUUUGCCCUGUUCAUACAGUGUUCCGAUCCUAUUUGGUCUCUAGGUUUUUCCAGUAUAUUUAGUUUUUAAAUGGUUUGUUGCCCACUUUCCCAGCACAGGUGUACUCUUACAGCUCUGUUAUACUCAGCAUUUAAGUGAGCUUUUACCAAGAACUGACAGAAUAUAGCCGAAUAUACACUAGCACAAUAACAUACCAACUUAAAUGGAAAAAUAAAAGGUUAGUAAAAGCAGAAGUUGGAUUUAGACCAUUUUAAAUGUGAUGUAGCAUGUUAACAUCUCUCAUAAGAAAUAAGAGUGCAGUUUAUGCAGUGUGCUACUGUUUUCUUGAACAAAUCUGAGGAAUAGCAGGUGUGUCUUUCUGCACAGUAACAGCUUUAUGGUCUCCAUGUCGAACGUAAUCAGCUGUGACAUAGCUGGUUUAUAAAGACUGGCCAAAUUUAGGCGCACCAUUAAAUUGUAGUAUUUCUUAUAUAGUGUAGUGGUUUUAAUUUUUCUCUUAUAAAUGUGGACAGAGCAGACAUAGCAGUAAUUGGGAGGAGAGAUGGUUAGUGAUCUGUAGCAAAGGUUCCCAGCUAGAGUCUCAUCUUCGAUGCUGUGGCCAAUGCAGUAUGCAUUUUGGUCACAAGACUACCACAACACAUCGUUGUGUUUUCUUUUCAUGUGGUUCUUGGUCUGGUAUUGGCCAAAAAGUAAUACCAGUGGGCUGGUAGUUUUUUUUUUCUGUUCAGCAUGAGGUAACAACCGAAGGUGCAGCGCAUUUGAGGUGUUUUCACAAGAAGUUCAAGUGGUCAGUUAAUAGGAUCUAUAAAGCAGUGAAAGGUUGGACAUCUGAGAUAUAAAAAAAAAAAAAAAAAUAGGACAUUUCAUUUUUACAAACUGUGCUGGUGACUUUUUUUUUUGUCCUUGUGGGUGUGUGGAUUUUGUAAUAUGACUGUA